GUAUUGCAGUCUGAUUUGACACUACUUUAAAAAUAGUUGAGUAUAUUAAGAUCCAUUAUGCAGCAUUGGGCGUUCAUAUUCUGUAGCGUUGUUCUUGCAACAAUAGAAACUGACGCGAAAGUACCAGUUGUCUGUCACAAAAAAACGUACACCGCAUGGCAUGGCGAUGUUCAUCACAGAUACGAUGAAGUCUCUAAGUAUGACUGCUCUGCUUCGUCUUGUGGAGGCCAGUGUGUUGCACUAGUAAAAUGCGCAUGUGGAGCUCCGUAUACAGGAUUGUGGUCUCCUGGAAAUAACGUGGCCGCAUACUGUCAGCAUGGUACAGGACAUGUAGCAGCGGGGACCGCUAUAGCAACAUUCGAACAUGGUACCUACAAUAACAGGUGGACAGAUCAUACGGCGGUAUUCUUGAGAUGCAGUGGACAUGGAAAAUUUCAAGUCAUGGAACAGGCUUGUGAAUUUAGUACGAGGCUGGCUGAGUAUUCGUCAUUAAGUUCAUAUUAUCACCGUUUUAGCGUUAUUCUUACAGACCAUGGAAAUUUGAAUCCAAGCCACCACUGUAGCAGAAAACAUAGAAGUUGUUAAAAAUUUCACUAAUUAGACACUAAAUAUCAUUUUACAUUUAUGA